GUCCAAAAAAAACCAAUUUUCUUCAAAAACUCACCACACACUCUCUCUCCUCUCCUCUCCAAGACUUUUUCUUUCCUUCGCAGGUCGGCAAUCCAUCCAUCCGAUGAUGUUUCUUUUGUUUCUGCGAUCCAUGGUUGCACCCACUAUCACUUAUCUUCUUCUUCGAAUUUAGGUAAUAAAAUGCGUUUUUAUCAAUCAUCUCAUCAAUCUGUACAUCACCACUGCUGAACGUAAGUAGUUCAACAACCCUUGACUUUUUCACUAACAAUUUAGCUCCAGUUUUCAGUUGGGUAUCUUAAAUUAUUAUAUUAUGUUACCUGUAGCUGUUGUAGUUUAGAUUGAUUGUUUCCAGGGAGGGAGGGAGAGAGAUCGAGGUGGGUGAUGUUUAGACCAUCACCACAAAUCCACCACUUUUGAUCUCCGGUAUGAGUUUAGAUGAUGCCCAGAUUGUCAAUGUUAACAACCCCCAGCAGCCAUCAUCACCCGAUACCACCCUGCAAAGACAUGUCCUCGAUUUGGGAUCAAAGAGAUCUCGAGAUUCCGAAAGGUAUAGCAGCAUUUCCAUGUCCCAUAGAGAGAUUAAUGAUGGGGAUGCAAGGUUGGUGCAUGUAAACGACGCCUUGAAGACUAACGAAAGGUUUGAAUUUGCUGGAAAUUCCAUAAAAACAGCCAAAUAUUCUCUUUUUAGCUUCUUGCCUCGAAAUCUGUUCGAACAGUUCCACAGAGUUGCCUACAUCUAUUUCCUUAUUAUUGCUAUUCUCAAUCAGCUUCCGCAGCUCGCGGUGUUUGGGCGGGGCGCUUCCAUAUUGCCCUUAUCUUUUGUUUUGUUAGUUACAGCGGUUAAAGAUGCUUAUGAGGAUUGGAGGCGCCACAGGUCAGAUCGAAUUGAAAACAACCGCAUGGCAUCUGUUUUAGUAAGUGAUAGAUUUCAGCAGAAGAAAUGGAAAGAUAUUCAAGUAGGCGAGAUCAUUAGGUUUUCUGCAGAUGACACCAUCCCCUGUGAUACGGUGUUGCUUUCCACAAGUGACCCAACCGGGGUUGCUUACAUCCAGACCAUAAAUCUAGACGGCGAAUCAAAUUUAAAAACCCGUUAUGCAAAACAAGAAACCCUUUGUAAAACCCCGGAAAAAGACGUGAUUAAUGGGUUUAUCAAGUGUGAGAAGCCUAACAGGAACAUAUAUGGUUUCAUGGCGACCAUGGAGAUUGAUGGAAAGCAUCUAUCACUUGGGCCGUCUAACAUAGUGCUUCGUGGGUGUGUGCUCAAGAACACUAAUUGGGCGGUAGGAGUGGCGGUUUAUUGUGGCAGGGAGACCAAGGCUAUGCUCAACAGUUCAGGGGCCCCAUCAAAAAGGAGCCGUUUGGAGACCCGUAUGAACCGUGAGAUUAUCUUGCUGUCGGUUUUCCUUGUUGCUCUUUGCAUGGCUGUCUCUGUUUGUGCUGGUGUUUGGUUGAAACGCCACGAAAAUGAGCUUGAAGUAUUACAGUUCUAUAGAAAAAAGGACUAUUCUGAGCCGGAAGUUGAGAACUACAACUAUUCUGGUAUUGGAAUGGAGAUAUUCUUCACUUUUCUUAUGUCAGUGAUUGUGUUCCAGAUUAUGAUACCCAUUUCUUUGUACAUAUCCAUGGAGCUCGUGCGUGUUGGUCAAGCUUACUUCAUGAUUAGGGAUAAUAAGAUGUAUGAUGAGACAUCAAACUCUAGAUUCCAGUGUCGGGCUUUAAAUAUAAAUGAGGAUUUAGGACAAAUAAAGUAUGUAUUCUCCGACAAAACUGGUACACUGACAGAAAACAAGAUGGAAUUUAAAUAUGCAAGCAUUUUCGGUGUAGAUUACAGUGGGGAGAAAACAAACUUUGAGGGCGAACAAAGGGGAUACUCCAUUCAAGUGAACGGGCAGGUUUGGAGGCCAAAAAUGAAGGUAGAGGUUGACAAGGAGCUACUUGAAUUGUCAAAAGAUGGAAAUAAUACCGAGGCUGGAAAACAUAUUUAUGAUUUCUUUCUUGCAUUGGCUGCUUGUAAUACAAUUGUGCCCAUUGUUGUUGACACACCUGAUCCUGCUGAAAAGUUGGUAGAUUAUCAAGGGGAAUCUCCCGAUGAACAAGCACUUGUUUAUGCUGCUGCUGCUUAUGGUUUCAUGCUUAUGGAGCGGACUUCUGGUCACAUAGUUAUUGAUAUUCAAGGAGAAAGACAAAGGUUUAAUGUUCUUGGAAUGCAUGAGUUUGAUAGUGACAGGAAGAGGAUGUCGGUUAUAUUAGGAUUCCCUGACGGCUCAGUAAAAGUCAUUGUUAAGGGGGCAGAUAAUUCCAUGUUUAACAUUAUUGAUAAAACCUUAAACUUGGACAUACUUAAAGCCACGGAAGGUCAUCUCCAGUCAUAUUCUUCGAUUGGUUUGAGAACCCUUGUUGUUGGAAUGCGUGAAUUGGGUGUUCCUGAAUUUGAGCGAUGGCAGUCUUCUUAUGAGACAGCUAGCACUGCUGUAAUGGGUCGAGUUGCUUUGCUUCGUAAGGUUGCCAUUAAUUUAGAAAAUAAUCUUGAAAUAGUUGGUGCGUCUGCAAUUGAAGACAGAUUGCAAAAGGGUGUGCCAGAAGCAAUCGAGUCUUUGAGAAAAGCAGAUAUGAAAGUUUGGGUUUUGACUGGUGACAAGCAAGAAACUGCAAUUUCGAUCGGUUAUUCUUCUAGGCUUCUAACAAGUAACAUGCAUCAGGUGGUAAUCAACAGCAAUUCCAAAAUGUCAUCCAAAACAAGUUUGGAGGAUGCUUUGAUUACUUGUAGAAAUUUCUUAGUGCCUGGUGGUUCUGAUGGUAAUACAACUUCUGUUGCUUUGAUUAUUGACGGAACAAGCCUUGUAUAUAUCCUCGACACUGAGCUUGAAGAGCAGCUAUUUGAGUUAGCGAGUAACUGUGCGGUGGUACUUUGCUGUCGAGUUGCUCCAUUGCAGAAAGCUGGGAUUGUGGCACUGAUAAAGAAAAGGACAGAUGACAUGACUCUUGCCAUUGGGGAUGGUGCGAAUGAUGUUUCAAUGAUCCAAAUGGCUGAUGUUGGAAUUGGAAUAAGUGGGCAAGAGGGUCGUCAAGCGGUGAUGGCAUCUGAUUUUGCAAUGGGUCAGUUUAGGUUUUUGGUUCCUCUUUUGUUGGUCCAUGGACAUUGGAAUUACCAUCGCAUGGGUUACAUGAUCCUCUAUAAUUUCUAUAGGAAUGCAGUCUUUGUCCUUGUCCUCUUCUGGUACGUGCUCUUUACAGGCUUCACUUUGACCACAGCUAUUACCGAAUGGAGCAGCGUGUUAUAUUCUAUACUCUACACCUCAGUGCCUACAAUUGUUGUUGCAAUUCUCGAUAAGGAUUCAAGCAGAAGGUCUCUGAUGGCAUAUCCUCAGCUAUAUGGGGCUGGCCAGAGACAUGAAAGCUACAAUUCAACGUUAUUUUGGCUUACAAUAGCUGAUACACUAUGGCAGAGUAUAGUUGUGUUCUAUGUUCCUCUUUUUGCCUACUGGAAAAGUGACAUUGACGGUUCGAGUUUAGGAGAUCUUUGGACCCUUGCAGUUGUGUUCCUGGUCAAUAUUCACUUGGCCAUGGAUGUUAUUAGGUGGACUUGGGUCAGCCAUGCAUCAAUUUGGGGGUCUAUUAUUGCAACUUGCAUUUGUGUUGUUAUCAUUGAUGUCAUUCCAGUGUUACCUGGUUACUGGGCAAUAUUUGAUCUUGCAAGCAAGGGAUCGUUUUGGGUUUGCUUGCUUGGCAUGUCGAUAGCAGCGGUUGUCCCUCGGUUUGGCGUAAAAAUGUUCAUACAACACUGUAAACCUUCCGAUAUCCAAAUAGCAAGAGAAGCCGAUAAGUUUGGAAGUUCAAUGGAGUUGGCCCGUCAAGAAAUAGAAUUGAAUCCAUCUCGAAGAUGACCCGUCUUAGUCUUAAUCUGGUUCAUUGCAAUUCUUUUGUUUUUGUUUUAUUUUAUAUUUUAUCUUCAUAUUCUUUAGGUUGGUAGGGAAACAAAUUGUUCUCUUGCUUGCCAGUGGCAUUAGCUGUGUACUGUUUCUAGGUUUGUAUUACUGUAGAUUACCAUUAUUUUAUGACCAGAAAUCGGAUGCAUGUUGCAUCAAUGUUUCUUUUGAAGUUGGUCUAAAUAGAAAUACCGGACACUGUAUGUUUCUGCCUCUAUCAUUGAAACUUUUACCUAACCU